UGAAUGGAUAAUAGAUGGAUGAUGGGUGGUUGGGUGGAUAGAUAGAUGGAUGGUGGAUGGCUAGUGGAUGUAUGGAGCAUUAUCAAUAAAGGGUGGGUGAGCUGACCUCUAGUUACACUCUCAGCUCUGGUCUUGGGCAUUGCACUGAUCUGAGUCUAAUGCUGAAUUCUCUCUCUGCUCCCUGCUUCCUGCUCCUCUUGGGAUCCGGAUGGCUAACACUUUUGCCUCCAGUCGCAACUGAAGAAAAAAUCAAGUUACUGAAAGGAAUCGUAGGUAUGAUGAGCAGGCUGUCAACAGAUGAUAAGACAGAAGAAGAAAUAAAAAUAUUGAAACAGAUCCUAGGUUUGCUGAGCCUCCAGGUGCUGAAUGAAGAAACAAAUGGCUGUAAGGAAGAAGUGAAGCUUUCCCCAGCUACCACCACCCCCAAGAAGCCGCCGAAGAAAAAAACCAGAUGGAGUGGGUUGCGAUGCGCCUACAUGAUGAUCACUUUCUUGUUCGUGUCCUACAAUAAAGGAGACUGGUGUUACUGCCAUUACUGUAACCCAGAGCUGGACAACAGGAAUGAUCCCUGCUGUGCUUUCUAGCAGCCCUGCUCCAUCUCAGCGCAGCCUCCCCAAGUCCUCCCUGUCCCGGGGAGUCAGGCUUCCCUCCCGAGAGGUCUUUCUGUCCCCUGGACUAAAGGUUUGGGGGUUGAUGCGUUGGGUCCUUUGAGGAAAGAGUACCUGUCUUCCCAGAGGCUGUCACUGAGGGCUGUAAGAAGAUGGGCCGGAGAGGAGCUGCAUGAGCCUCUGCAGGGGAUUCCCCCUCACCCCCUCCUGUGCCCUUUUCAGCCCUUCCCUGCUGUUUCUGUAAUAAAA